CAUCAAGAAGAAGAAGAAGUUUAAGAAACAGAGUGCAUAACAAGAAACAUGGACUCAAGAGCCUUACCCUUCUCUGUUCUCGUCAUCCUCAUCGCUACGUCGGUGUUGGCCAACGCGUACACUCCUUCUCCUCCUCCUCCAACCACCGCAUACCCUGCCGUGAAAACCGUGGAGGCGGCAGUGGAAGGAAUGGUGUACUGUCAAUCCUGCGACAAAUUCGGAUCAUGGUCGUUGGCCGGAGCAGAAGCCUUAGCCGGAGCUAAAAUCAGCAUUAUCUGCAAGAACCAUAGGCAACAAGUGAGUUUCUACAAAGUCUUUAAAACUGAUUCAUACGGCCAUUUCUAUGGUGAGCUCAAAGGUUUCAAGAUGACUCCACAUUACUUGGACCAUCCUCUUCAUUCUUGCCGAGCCAAGCUCGUCUCUUCUCCUCGUGAAGACUGCAAUCUCUUUUCCAACAUUAACAAUGCUCUAGAUGGAGCUCCACUCCGAUAUGAAGAGAAGAGGCUCAAGUGGACAAACUAUGAGGCCGUAAUUUACGCCGCUGGUCCAUUGGCUUUCCGUCCUGACCACUGCCCCGCGACUGCACCACCCACUUACUGAUUUGGGUUGUGAAGAUCAUCAUAUACAAAUUGUAUAAGUCAAUGUUAUUGAUUUG